AUGAUCGACGGACGACGACAGAAAAUCGGUCGAUUACGUACUGGUGAUAAAUUUACAGCUUUCGAUGGCACAAACCUAACUACGGACGAGAUGAUUUUGAUGCUUGACCAAAGUGCAUUUGGCGAAGCUGUGUUCUAUACUUUUCAAACGAAGUCAAAUCAUAUGAUUAGUUUGACAGGACAACAUUUAAUGCCAGUUCAGUCAAGUACAGGAACGAUCAUAUACAUACCAGCUGAGCAAGUAGAAGUUGGUCGAGACUCUCUGUAUGUUUUGUCUGAUGAUGGUAUUGUAAUUGUGUCACCAGUUAUUCAGAUAUCUAUCGAAACUAAAAUGGGUUAUUUUGCUCCAUUGACAAUGUCUGGAACAAUAUUAAUCAACAAUGUCGUAGCUAGUUGUUUCAGUCACAUACACAGUCACUCGCUUGGUCAGCUUGUGAUGGCACCCAUUCGUUGA